CUAAAAUUUAUAAAUGCGACGAACUUCUUUCCUUUUGACCCACUAGACUUUCUUUUAUCUCCCGCGCCGCUUCUGGUCCACGCUGGUAUUUCAUGUGUGGAAUGAAGCGUCAAUUGCCCUCAUUACUGGGCUUUUAUAACACAAUACCCGGUCUGGGGUGACCUCUAAGGAAUCUCUUCGCGAUUUGCGCGCGCAUUUUCGCCGUCGAGCAAAAUGGCUACCACAACAACGACGAUCAUCCCGGUCAAGCACCAGGUCGUCGAUAAGCUGCCGAAAAAGUUUAAACAGCUAAAAUUCGGCAUUCAAUCGAACCAGGAUAUCGUCAAUCAAGCCGUUAUAGAAGUGUCCGAUAGAACUAUGUACGAUGUCGGCAGAGGCAGAGAACCAAUAGCAAACGGUCCUCUCGACAAGCGCUUGGGUACCUCGAGCAAGACCGGAAUAUGCACGACGUGUGGUCUGCGACUACAAGACUGCACUGGUCACUUUGGCCAUAUUCGACUACCGUUACCCGCCUUCCACAUCGGUUACAUCAAGUUCACGAUAACGAUCCUGCAAAACAUCUGCAAAGACUGUUCACGAGUACUAUUGCCAGAAUCGGAAAGGCGAAGUUACCUCAAAGAGCUAAGACGACCCUUCAUUGAUAAUAUGCGACGCAGCGCUAUUUGCAAGAAGAUCAACGAAGCAUGCAGGAAGAUCAAGAAUUGCCCUUAUUGUGGAGCAGUUAAUGGUCAGGUCCGGAAAGUUGGAGCUCUUAAACUCGUUCACGACAAGUUCAUCGCCUUCAACAAAUCAACUUCGCAAAAGAAACAACCCCCUACCAGCAAAAUUGAAUUCGACAGCUCCUUUCUAGAAGCCAAGAAACACGUCCAUGACCUUGAAAAACAUCUGAGGAAAGCAUUUGAAGACCUGAAUCCCCUCAGAGUCUUGAACCUAUUCAAACAGAUCAGUCCUACAGAUUGCGAAUUGCUUGGACUCGACCCUUCGGAAGGUCGCCCCGAAAUGUUCCUCUGGCAAUAUCUCCCUGCCCCGCCUGUGUGUAUUCGGCCUUCUGUCGCCCAGGAGGGUGCAAGUAAUGAGGACGACCUUACAGCACGACUUAGCGAUAUUGUCUGGGCAUGUGGUCUUAUUCGUUCUGCUUUGGAAAAGGGUACCGCCCUCCAGACCAUCAUGGAGCAAUGGGAAUAUCUGCAAUUGCAGAUCGCUUUAUAUGUGAACAGCGACGUUCCCGGUCUACAACAGAACGGCAUGAAAACUGGAAGAGGUGUCUGCCAGCGCUUGAAGGGAAAACAAGGACGAUUCCGUGGUAAUUUGUCUGGAAAACGUGUCGACUUUUCCGGCCGAACCGUCAUCUCACCCGACCCAAACUUGGCUAUCAAUCAAGUCGCUGUACCAGUGCUUGUCGCUAAGAACUUGACAUACCCUGAGCGAGUACAUCGUGGAAAUAUUGACAAGCUUCGAGCAUGUGUGCUGAAUGGACCCAACGUAUGGCCCGGUGCGCAAGCGGUGCUGAAGCAAGAUGGUGAUCAGUCAUUCAAAAUAUCUCUCAGGUUUGCCGAUAAAGAGACUGCCGCAAGGGAUCUACGAGAAGGUGACGUUGUUGAACGUCAUCUUGAGGACAAUGAUAUUGUUCUUUUCAAUCGUCAACCGUCGCUUCAUAAACUCAGUAUCAUGAGUCAUUUCGCCAAAAUUCGACCAUGGAGAACUUUUCGACUCAACGAGUGUGUGUGUGGGCCAUACAACGCCGACUUUGACGGCGACGAAAUGAACCUUCAUGUGCCCCAAACAGAAGAAGCUCGUGCUGAAGCUAUGAUUCUUAUGGGAGUCAAGCACAACCUGGCAACACCCAAAAACGGCGAGCCUAUCAUUGCGGCUACACAAGAUUUCAUCACGGCUGCCUACCUGCUUAGCAGUAAAGAUAAUUUCUAUGAUCGUAGAACAUUCACAUACAUCGUUAUGCAGAUGAUGGAUGGUGUCACUCAUCUUGACUUGCCGCCUCCAGCUAUCCUUGCCCCGAAGCGACUUUGGACAGGGAAGCAGAUAUUCAGUAUGCUCAUGCGACCUAACAAGGAAUCACCUGUCAAAGUCAACCUUGAUGCAAAAUGCAGAGAAUACGUGGAACCUGGCCCACCUCCCCCGGGUCAAAAGCCAAGAGCCCCAGAUAUGUGUCCAAAUGAUGGAUGGCUUGUUGUGAGAAAUUCAGAGGUCAUGUGCGGUCGAAUGGAUAAAUCUACGGUGGGAGCAGGAAAAAAGGAGUCUAUAUUCUAUGUCAUUCUCCGGGACUUUGGUCCCGAUGCAGCUGUCACGGCGAUGAACCGGCUGGCUAAGCUUUGUGCCCGAAAUUUGACCAAUCGAGGUUUUUCAAUCGGUAUCGGUGAUGUCUUCCCCUCAGCCACCCUUACCGAAAAGAAACAAGAACUUGUUGUGGAUGCAUAUAAGAAGGCCGACAAUUUCAUCGAACAAUUCAAUACGAACAAGCUCGAAAAAGCCACUGGUUGUACUAUGGAAGAGACACUAGAAACCAAGAUCUCUGGUACUCUUAGCAAGGUCCGUCAAGAAGCAGGAGAUUACUGUAUCAAGACACUCAGUAAAAACAAUGCCCCUUGGAUCAUGGCCUCAUCCGGUUCAAAGGGUUCAAACAUCAACGUCGCUCAGAUGGUAGCGGUCGUCGGGCAACAGAUUAUAGGCGGGCAACGUGUUGUCGACGGUUUCCAGGAUCGAACUCUUCCCCACUUCCACAAAAACACCCGCCAAGCUCCUGCGAAAGGUUUCGUACGAAACAGUUUCUACACCGGUCUUCUUCCAACCGAGUUUAUAUUCCACGCUAUGUCCGGAAGAGAAGGUCUAGUCGAUACAGCUGUGAAGACUGCCGAAACUGGUUACAUGUCUCGUCGUUUGAUGAAGUCGCUAGAGGACCUCUCAACCCAGUAUGACGAUACAGUUAGGACCUCAGGUGGUGGAGUGGUGCAGUUCCAAUUUGGUGCUGAUAAGCUCGAUCCCGUUGACAUGGAAGGCAAAGCCGUCCCCGUGAACUUCGCACGAACCUGGUCUCAUGCCGAAAAUCUUAGUUGGAGCAAUUCGGACAGGGCCUUGUUACCCUUCGAGAUCCUAGAGCUUUGCGACUCCAUCCUCAAAAAGGAACGCGAUCGAUAUGAGAGACGAGGAUUGUUGCAUGGUGAGUCCCUGGGCUAUAGGGACGAUAGUGACUACGCUAUUGAUGAGCAUGAAAGUGCUCGUAACUUCCUAGAUACCGUCUACGGACAUAUGGAGGGUUUAGCAAAGAAAUUGGCCAAAUUCCGGGCCUCUGCAGGUCUUGAUCCUCUUCUCACUCGACCUACCGGAUCUUUGGCAGCAAUUCACAAAAAAGAAAAGGGGACAGUUUCAAGGAUGGCGUCCGAGAGAGUGGCGAAGGUUUCUGAACGCACACUCCGCCAAUUUAUCGCAUUGUGCCUAGAAAAAUAUUCGAAGGCGCGCGUAGAACCUGGUCAUGCCGUUGGAGCCGUCGGCGCACAGUCAAUUGGUGAACCCGGAACUCAGAUGACGUUGAAGACUUUCCAUUUCGCAGGUGUUGCCGGUAUGAGUAUUACGCAGGGUGUUCCGCGUAUCAAGGAAAUUAUCAAUGCCUCGAAGUUGAUUAGCACGCCAGUUAUUACCUGCCCCCUGGAAAAUGAUAGAGAGCUUACGGCGGCACAUAUUGUACGUGCUCGAAUCGAGAAGACUUACGUCGAAGAUGUCCUUCGCUUCAUGGACGACGAAUGGGAGCCAUAUAGGGCCUUCAUUGCUCUUCAUAUCAACACUGAGACACUAGAAGGCAUGCACAUUGGUAUUACCCUUGACGACAUUGCAAACGCAAUUGUCAAACAGAAGAAGUUGAAGAUACAGAGGACGGAUAUUCAGGUCUUCGAACAAGACGCAUCAAUCGAGAUAACUAUUAGACUCCCGGAUACCGAUGCUUCCGCAACUCGGCGAGCACCUAAGAGCAAAGCAGCUAUUGCAGAGGCCACAGCCGAUCUACUCGUUCGAGUCAGUCAUCUCAAACGUGUAUUACCGGCAGUUCCAAUAUCUGGAUACCCGGAGGCUACUCGUGCUAUUAUUCAAACUGAAAAAGCUAAAGACCGGAGAAAGAGACUGGGCAAGAAGGCACCAAAGUCUAUGGAUAACGUGGAUCCUGAGAGCAAUUACAACAUGGUCCUGGUUGAAGGUUAUGGUUUGCAACAAUGUAUCAACACUGAAGGAGUUGUUGGUACAAAAGUUCGCACCAACAGUAUUCUAGAAUGUCGCGACGUCCUCGGAAUUGAGGCGGCACGAACUACUAUCGCCCAGGAAAUCUCAAGCGUCAUGGGCGAUAUGGACAUCGAUCCGCGACACAUGGAACUGCUAGCCGACGUUAUGACUUACAAGGGCGAAAUUCUCGGAAUUACCCGAUUCGGUCUAUCUAAGAUGCGAGACAGCGUAUUGCAACUCGCAUCUUUCGAGAAAACAGCUGAUCAUCUGUUCGAUGCAGCAGCCGGAAUGAAGGCUGACCGCAUUGAGGGUGUGAGUGAGAAGAUCAUCAUGGGACAGACUAUGUCCGUCGGUACGGGUGCGUUCCAAAUGGUACGAUACCUAGGUCAUAAGGAUAACCACUUCACGAAGCUACCGACUGUCUUCGAGGAUGCUUGGACAGAGGAACAUGAGCUGUCACAUAAGGGAAAGAGGCGAAGGAUAUAGCGAGGACCAAGGGGGUAUGUUAUGCAACUAUAUUGUUGCCCAUCUCAAAAUUUCCAUGUAGCAUAAAGGCAUAGGCUUGGAGUUUGGAGUGGCUACUACGAAAUUUGGCACGGCGUCUGCAUGGAAAAGAGUAGAGCACUUGAUUUUCUUCUAUUUUGCGU